UCUCUCUGCAAGUCCUUGCAGGAGCUGCACGCCCAGGGUAGCUUGGGGGCACUUACGCGGCGCAGACACGUGCUUCUCGGCGGCUGGAUCCUCUCUCUCCUCAUCAUUUUUUCCCCAGCUCCUGCUCCAAGCGAAGGCAGCGGCGUGCCACCAAGGUUUCUGGUGCAGCCACUUGCCACGGAACUGAGGACACUGGGGAGAGAAAGAGACAAAGGAGCCUGUCUGAAUGAACGUGCUGCUGACUUUUGGGGGAGAGGAAGGAGUCAAGAGAGGGGGCAAAAGUGAUGGAAGGGGUGUGAAAACUGAAAUACCUCAGUCUUGCUGGGAGUAAUCGCUCUGGCCACACAUGGUUUGCUGCUCAGCCCUUUUGCUGGACUGACUUCCUCAAGUUGCAUUCUCCACUUCAACAAUGGAUAACUUCUUCACUGAGGGAUCACGAGUCUGGUUGCGAGAAAAUGGUCAGCAUUAUCCAAGCACUGUACAUUCCUGUGCAGAGGGAGUUGUUGUAUUCAGGACAGAUUAUGGUCAGGUAUUCACUUACAAACAGAGUACAAUCACGCACCAAAAAGUAACAGCUAUGCAUCAAACAAGUGUGGAAAGUGUGGAAGACAUGGCAGCGCUCGUAGACCUCCAUGAGGGCUCCAUCAUGCACAACUUAUUCCAGCGAUAUCAGCAAAAUAAAAUUUAUACCUAUAUCGGCUCCAUUGUUGCCUCUGUGAACCCCUACAAGACCAUUCCGGGACUCUAUGACCGCACCGCAGUAGAGCAAUACAGCAAGCACCACAUGGGGGAAAUUCCACCUCAUAUCUUUGCUGUCGCUAACGAGUGCUACCGCUGCCUAUGGAAACGUCAUGACAACCAGUGUGUUCUCAUCAGUGGUGAAAGUGGUGCUGGUAAGACAGAAAGUACUAAGCUGAUUCUCAAGUUCUUAUCUGCCAUGAGCCAACAUUCGCUGGAACUGUCCUGUAAGGAAAAGACCUCCUGUGUGGAGCAAGCUAUUCUUGAGAGCAGCCCAAUUAUGAAGCUUUUGGCAAUGCGAAGACUGUUUACAACAACAACUCGAGUCGCUUUGGGAAGUUUGUUCAGCUGAACAUCUGUCAGAAGGGAAACAUCCAGGGAGGAAGUAAUUGUAGAUUAUUUAUUAGAAAAA